GGGCUAUUGAAAAACAUGUAGGUCGGCGGAAUCCAGCCCGAUAUAGCAUGGGCUCAGUUUGUUUGAGGUUGCGUAUGCGUGUGUUCGGUCGGGGGUUGAACUUCGAAGGGGUUGGCGUUUAAUUAGUUCCUGUCUUCCUGUUACUGAAUCCUGAUGCUAAGUUUCCAAGUGCAGACGUCCGAAGUGGGGAAAGGCUGAGACUGAGCCCCCCAGUUUUCAUAGUUGGAAGUUGAAAGACAAGGCCUUUUUCCGGAAUCCCUUUAUUUUGGUUCGCGUCUUUCUUCCUUUCCCUGCUUCUUGAUUUUCUGUCAUUUUAACCAACUUAAAUCAUGGAGGAUGGAGAUAGGAAUGCUUCUUGCAGAAAUUUAGCCUUACAAAAAGAUGUUCAUCAAGGGAUUGAUAAUUAUGUUAAAAAGAGUUCUACGGAACAGAGAGAUGCUCUGGCUGAGGAACCUAAAUGUGUUAUUUGUGGCCGCUAUGGUGAGUAUGUAUGCGAUGAGACUGAUGAUGAUAUUUGCAGCUUGGAAUGUAAACAAACUCUACUCUCUGGGAUUGCUAACUCCUUGUUGCCAGUUGGUCCCUCCUCUACUCAAAGAUUACCUGCUACUGAUGAGUGCUUUUAUGUAAGAGAUUCUGUUGAUAAAUCAGGGUUUCAAUUUUUAACUGGUGAUCAAGCUGAAUUGCUUAGAAAGAAACUUGAAAUCCACGUCAAGGGAGAUGUGAUUCCUGCUCCCAUUGUGGCAUUUUCUUCCUGUGCUCUUCCUCAGAAGCUCCUACAAAAUAUAGAAACUGCUGGAUAUGGCAUGCCCACACCUGUCCAGAUGCAAGUAAUCCCAGCUGCUUUAGAUGGCAAAAGCUUGCUUGUUUCAGCUGACACAGGCUCAGGGAAAACUGCUUCCUUUCUGAUUCCUAUUAUUUCUCAUUGUGCAAAUUUUCGCCGUAGCAACUUCUCAAAUCACAAAAAGCCAAUAGCAGUGGUUCUAACACCAACUAGAGAGCUGUGUAUCCAAGUUGAGGACAAUGCUAAGUUGCUUGGAAAAGGUUUGCCAUUCAAAACUGCACUUGUGGUUGGUGGAGAUCCGAUGGCUAGACAACUCUACCGCAUUCAGCAAGGAGUGGAACUCAUUAUUGGAACACCAGGCAGGCUUAUUGAUCUUUUAACAAAGCAUGAUGUAGAACUAAAUGAUGUAAAGAUAUUUGGUCUGGAUGAAGUGGACUGCAUUCUUCAAAGGGGCUUCCGAGACCAGGUGAUGCAGAUUUUUAGGGCUCUAUCACAACCACAGGUAUUGAUGUAUUCGGCAACAAUUUCACAAGAUAUAGAGAAAAUAGCAAGUUUUAUGGCAAAAGAUGUUACUGUUUUUUCUAUUGGCAAGCCUAACAGGCCAAAUAAGGCUGUGAAGCAGCUACCUAUCUGGGUUGAGUCAAAUAAAAAAAAGCAAAAGCUUUUUGACAUAUUGAGGAGCAAACAUUUUACACCACCUAUUGUGGUCUAUGUGGGUUCCAGAGUUGGGGCAGAUCUCCUAUCUAAUGCAAUUACUGUCUCCACUGGAAUUAAAGCUUUGUCACUUCAUGGGGAGAAGUCCAUGAAUGAAAGGAGAGAAAUAUUGAGGUUGUUUUUAGUUGGAGAAGUUUCAGUAAUUGUGUCCACUGGAGUAUUGGGUCGUGGAAUUGAUUUUUUAGGUGUGAGACAGGUCAUAGUGUUUGAUAUGCCCAGUUCCAUUAAGGAGUAUGUCCAUCAGAUUGGGAGGGCAUCUAGACUAGGGGAGGAGGGUACGGCUAUUGUUUUUGUGAACGAGGAGAAUAAGAAUUUGUUUCCAGAGUUGGUUGAUAUUUUAAAAUCUUCUGGGGCAGUUAUUCCUCAAGAACUUAGUAAUUCACGAUAUACAGUUGUUUCUUUUCCGUCAGGCAAAGGCAAGGGCUUUAAAAAACGAAAGUAUGGUUGCUGAAGUUGUGGCGCCUUUGGUUUGUCAGUGUAAUUCAUUCAGUUCAGUUGAGAGUCUUGGAAAUAUUUAGUAGCAACCCACCAUUCUUACAGUUGGUUUUAAGAAGCCAAAAAUGCAAAAAGGUUUUGCUUUGACCCGAUUGUACAAGUGGGUUUGUUAGUUUGAAGUAGUUGAUAAAAUAUGGCUCUUCUUCAAAGUGAGGAGUGAGGGCAGGUGUGUAACGGCACAUUGGUACCGCAGCCUGGACGAAAUGGUGUUGGAUCAAGUUAGAACUUGAUCUUGUUUGUGCAAUGCUAUGACUAAGCGGUAUGUCUGUCUUCAGUUGAGGAAGGUUCACAUAGAUGAUUCUUAAGAUUCAAAAGUAGAAAUCCUAACAAGACAUUCACACGUUGAACUACUGAAUUGCAGUUCGAGCAAAAGCUGUAUAUUUUCUUUUGUUUACAGAGCUUUGCCCUGAAUGCGUAUUGACGAAAGCAAUGGCAUAUUCUUUGCUCCAUGCUUCCCUUAUUGUAACUGAUGGUGUGAAAUAAUUUACCGGCUGGAUCCUUAAUGGCUGAAGUCCAGAUAUGUUGAAAAACUGGAAAGAAGGAAGGUCUGGUUGCUAUAUGAAUAAUGAGGACUAAUAUACUUAAUAAAUAAUAAUUUAGCUGAAACAGGAUGCUGUAUCGAACAGGUUCCGGAAGAUGUAUGGCGAUAUGGUCCGGAUAGUGUAUAUGUCAUGUGUCAAGACUUAAGCUCAACUAGAGAGCACAACUUGAUCUUAAAUUUUAAAAUCUGAGCUUAAGUUGUUUUCGUUAUUUUGUAAAGUUGGAGAUUUCUUAAGUUCAGUUUGUAGAAUUUAAGAUUGCGCGGAGUUCAGUUAAGGACUUGCCAUGAGACAUCUAUCCGGAAGCUGCGGGGAAAUGUGUAAAGACUUCACAUGGGUAAGGUGAUUGGAAUGGCAAAGAGUUCUUCUGGACUAAGGAAACUCAAUCAUUUGCAUUUAACUUGA